CACGAACUGCUGUCGACGCCAAGAAAGUUGAAGAGCUACGCGAGUCAACCGUCCGUGAGAAUAACACCGAACAAACAAACUAGUCCUAACGUAUACGUCGACACACCGAAGAAGUUCAUAUCUAGCACACCGACACAAGGAGUUACACCUUCCAAGUCGUGUGCUAAUUUAUCUAUCAUGAGAAGUGGGACAUCACCCAUUUCGCCGAAAGUUCAACAGAAAUUAAACUACGGUUUACCUGAAGAAUUCGAAAGACAGGACGUGUUCGUUACUAGUUUUAGAGAUAAGAGUCGCGAGAGGAGUUUCGAUAUCGACAGACGAGAAGCUAGUAGAGAGAGCAGAAGAAACUACGACAACAGAGGAAGAGAUAGUCAGAGAAGAGAUAAAACUACCGCGAUUAUCAUGCCCAGGGUGGCACCACAAAGCCCAUCAGUGUACUCAGAGGACACAUACAAAUCGCUGUCAACGCUGAAAUCGGUAAACAGUUCGUUUGCAUCGCUUACCAUUGCUGCUUUAAUGCUGACGUUAUGUGGCGGCUUGACUACCGGACUUAGCUUCUAUAUGAUGUAUACCAUGGGUCGCCGCUACUACCUAGAUUUCGGAGUCCUGUCUGGCUUCACGUGUUUCCUGCUGGGAAUGCUCGGCUUGAGGUCUCGCAGGAAUCAGUUGCUACCCAACAGAAAUUAUAUAUCUGGUUACAUAGUACUGUCUUCAUUCUCUCUACUCAGUGCUUUCGGACUUUUAAUUUUAUUAUCUGUACAACCACUGCCUGGUACAGCCCUCAACGAUAUUACCUCAGGAGCUGUAUGUAGUAUCAGUAUUCUCUCAUUAUGUCUCGCUACAAUAGGAGUUUUAGCUUCAUAUUGUUGCGCGAGAGACCCACCUGACAACAGAGUCGGUACAACACGAUGGUAUUAAAACUUUUUAUUGUACAUUUUGACAUUUCGUUGGCUGCAUGACUACAAUGACAUUUGCCUAUAAAAACAAUGUUUUUUAAAAACAUAUUCUUUUAACGGUUGUGUAACUUGUACGAAUUAAUACUUUAAGUUAACAAAUGUUAGUUUUAUAGUUAAAAAUUUGUAUAAUUUUUUUAAGGUAAGUAUUUAUUGCAUAGAUUUGCUUGUAUUAAUUUUAAAAUAAGAAGUUUAAAAUAAGAAUUGUAAAAUAAUGCAUUUAUUAUCGACGAAAAAUAGAAGGAUACACUAGUGUAAUAAACCAAAGAAAGGAAUGUAAUUAUUUUUUUGCUUUAUUUUCUGACAUAUUCAGUUAUAUUUUUAAGUAUGUACUUAAAUUAAGGGACAUAAUAUAUUCAUAUAAAUAGCAGAUUAAAGGUAAUUACCUAUAUUUUAAAGAAUAAGCUGUAUAUGUAGUAAGAGAAGCACUACACAAACAUAACAUGUUCGUCUCUCUCAUUCUUUUUAACAAGAAUAGAUAAGUUUUGUUUUGUACAAGUGUUCGGGCAGUGGAAACUCCUGGAGAUUAGUUAGAAGUUAUA